CCAAUUCCUUGGCAUCGUUGCGUGGGUCAACUGGCUCGGCAAGAGAUGUCCGUCGUACAGCCACCACCGCAUCUCAUGCACUUCGCGCAGACGCAAGCCUCAUUGUCUCCAGAUGAUAUCGAUCUUGAAGGAGGACGUCUCAUAGACGUCGUACAGGAAGAAGAAAUCGAUGCUACAGACGGUUGUCGCGUGCAGGUUGUCAUAUACCGUAUCGAGUCGGCUGACGGUACCGAACAACUCACAAAAACAAUACGGCGAAAGAUCAAAUUCGACUGCACACAAACAUCACGACGACUUGAGAUGUCGAACGGUAAAGAGGCUAAGGUCGAGGAGAAAUGCGAACGAUAUCAAGGUGAUAUCAAAGGCUUCAGACCUGUGGAAAUUACGCAGAAUAACAAGAUGCUUCAACUAGAUCCGAACGAUGCACAGGCAAGUCAACUAACUCUGCAUUUACAGACUUCCGCUGAAUAUAACCUUAAAAAUAACUUAUUUUUCCUUAUGGAUGUUGCAAUUUCGAACGUGCUAGGCCAAGUGCCGGACACAUUUAUGAGCAUGCUCUCGAAAGAAAAGGAGUAUUUAGUAUAUUCUUUGAAAUCAAACGAGAACAUCGGUAGACUUAUGGAUUAUUCUGAGCGCCUAGGAGUUCAUGAACUAUAUUGUUUUGUUUUAGUGAAAAUGUUUCCCGACCUUUUCACACAAAUGCGCACACAGUCGUCGCUGAUACCGGCAUCCACAACCGAAGUGAUCGUCAAUCCCGACGGUAGCACGACGACCAGAGUACGAAGCAGUAAGAGUUAUAGGUGA